AUGAAGACACUUGCUCUCCUCUCUGCUCUUGUCCUGCUGGCCUUCCUGACCCAGGCUGAUCCUUUCCCAGAAGCGACUGGGGAGACUAAAAAUGAGGAGCAGCCAGAGAUUGAGGACCAGGAUGUGUCAAUCUCCUUUGGAGACCCAGAAGGCUCUGCCCUUCAAGAUUCAGAUAACUGUUUAUCCUUAUCUAGUGACCUAGAAUGGUUGCAUCUGAUACCUCCAGAGAAUUAUGUGAUGUAA